AAUACGAGGAGAAAGAGAAAGACCUCGUAUAGAAGAAGCGUAAAGUAGAGGUAGCGGGAACUACACAUCGACCACGACCAUGGCAACAAGAGCAGGACUCGUCGCGACCGGGCGCGCAAGCAUCGUGGAGUUGGCGAGGAUCCGCUGGUAAGAAGUGUGAAAGAACCUCCUCCAUCGAGCAGCAGCCUCCGCUUUCGCUUUCCUUCUAGCUCGCGGGAGGACAACGAACCACGACCACCACCAAAAUGCCGACGGAUUUCUUCAGCUCGCGGGUGCAGUGCCAGGGCUUCUUGGCGGAGGAGCACUGGACUGGCAGCGAGAAACGAGCGGUGGAUGACUUUGUCAAGAACGAGGAUGUAUCAAAUGUAAAAGUGUCUGGGUCUGAAACAAAGCAACUUGUGAUGCUGCGUCUGCAUAAUUAUCCAAAAAUCUACUGUAUUGCAUGAACAGCAAAAGAGGUCUGGUUUUGGCCACGGCGAGAGGACAUUUCUCAUGCGGUAUAGGCAUCAGAAAGUCCUCACAAGAUCUGUGAUGCUAGGGCAUGCAUCGCAGACAUCAGGAGUCACGCAAAAUAAACCUUGCAUUCUUCCAGACCCAGACAUAUUUGCAUUUGAUAGGAUGCGAAGUCUCUAUUCGUGUGGUUCAAGACCCCGGAGGAGGGGGAGGAGGACAGCGCCAAGAAGCUGCAGCUCCACGUGGUCUCCGCCAAGAAGACCGCGGAGAGCGCGCCGCUGGAGACCCUGCCGCCGGACAUUGCGCAGGGGCAGGUGACGGACUUUUCCUACUUUCUGAAGCGGGCCGGCGCGGCGUCAUCUUCCGCGGAGGCGUUGCAGAACGCGACCACGCUGGAGGAAAAGAUCCACGCGGGCCACGUGCGCGGGGACCUGGUGGAGGGUCUGCUGCGCAACAUGAACAGCAUGUUCGUGCCCAUGACCCGGCUCAACUUUCACUGGCCGGAGAACGUGCAGAAGGACUUUGUCACGCAGAUGCAGAAAUUCAUGGCCAGCAUCACCGAGGUGGCGCACCAGGCCCGCGGGGCGACCGUCCUCUACAUACCACCCGACGACCUGUCGGACGUGGAAACCGUGGCGAAGGACUAUUAAGAGGAAAAAUCCCCCCACCCCAUAUCGAAAAGGUAUAUUUCCGAAACUUUGUGUUGCUGAAUUGAGACCACAAAUCACGUCUGUCUUGCAAAAGGACAAGUGCAGAGGCUUCCCCGCCAUUACGGAAGCGAUUGGGCAUGCAGUUGGGCCUAGGGGACAGCCGUUUGUAAUGCUAAACAACUAGACCCAAACGGCCCUACUUAGGCUGAGGAUCUGGCUGCGAUGCCGUAAUGCAAGACAGCGCGCAUUUGUGUACGGAAAUCCACCAUCAGAAACUUCGUCUCGAUAUGGGGAGGGGGGAUUUUUCCCUCUGAUAAGGACAAGACCAUCGUGCCGCGGUUGGAAGCCUCCCUCAUCCACUGGACCCGGCAAAUUAAGGAGGUCACCUAGGAAACUGAAAAGUGCUCUAGCUGCCCACCAGACGUGCUGGGAGAUAUUUGUUUCGAUGCAAAGUAGUUUGAGUUUCGGUUUCCAUAAAGGUUGUAAUGGUAUGUUGUAAUGCGUGCGCACAGCAGAUUCAUUCCUCUUUCUUGGGCAAAGUACUCCUUACACGAGCAGCGCUGCUAUUGCUGUGCCUUUUUGCAACGCAUGUCUUUGCAGCGAUUCGGCAUUGAAAACUUGUGAUGCGUAUAUAUGCAAGGUGGGACGGGUGGAUGUCCCCAUGGGGAAGUUUUGCAAUGAAGUCCUCUGGGGAUGAUAGGGGCGCGUUUCAGUAGGAUAUGACCAGCAGCCAGCAGGAAAGUUCUUCCGGCGGCGGCAGUGGGAAUUCGCAGGAGUCGGAGGCCGCGGGCCCGCUCGACGAGAUAGACUUCUGGCGGGCACGGGAUCUGGACUUGUCAAGGUAGAAGAGAAGAAUGCUCUUUUUUUCCGUUCGACGCAGAAAAUGAAAUUCAUUCAGUGCUCUAAGUAGUUCUUCCUCUAGAAGAAGUGCUGUUGGAUGUUGCUGACUCGAGUCUACCAAAAACUUGACGCUAGUAGUUGUAAAUAUCUUGCCUUAUCACAAAAAAUAGGCUCGACCAGCAGCUCCAGUCACGGGAGCUGCAGAAGGUGCUGGAGGUGCUGGAAACCGCUAAGUCCUCCUAUCUCCCCCAAUUUCGCGCGUUGGAAAAGGACAUCCAGGACGGGAGUAAGGAGGCACAGGACAAUUUGCAGUUUUUGAACCUGUUGAAGGAACCCGCGACCAACCUGACGCAGCUGACCCCCGUGGAGAUCCCCAAGCUCCUGCCCGAAUUGUUGAACAUCGUGCGGCUGAUCGCGAACCUGUCCUCGAGCUACAACACCCCGGACCGCAUCUCCAACCUCCUCCGCACGAUCUCCAACGAGAUCAUCCGGCGGUGCCAGAAUUCGAUCGAUGUGGACAAGAUUCUGAAGCCCGGCUCCACGUCCGCCACGGGGGACGAGAAAUCGCGGCUGGAGGACGUGAAGUCCAGUAUGAACCUGCUGGAGCAGUCCAUCGCGUGCGGGCGAGCGUGGAAGGAGUCCUACCACUUGACCGUGCAGUGCAUCAAGAAGCACACGGCGGAUCCCGCCCUGCACUGGAACUUCUCGGAGUAUCCUGAGUAAAAACGUACCCACACCAGAGUCAAGAUGGGGAAUCGGCUAGACAAAUCAACCAGCUUUGGCUGUUUCGCAUGACAAGUUUGUCCUUGUAAUGUAAUCCUGUUUAGGUAGUUAAGCAGCAUCACAGGCCUAGCAUAUCAUGCUGAUUAUAGCAUCACAAAUCCCAAAACACGAUUAGAAAAUGCCUUUCAUGGGGCUCAGCAUGAGAAACUCUUUUGGCAUGCAGAUUUGCAUUACAACUCUGGUGUGGGUACGUUUUUACUCAGGAUACGGAGGGCACCAUCUUCGCGCAGAUUGACGCCUACGUGCAGCGGUGCUGCGUAUUACAAUGAAAAAUGCCCCCACCCCCGAACUUGGAAGCAUUUGUAUUGCAAACCUUUCCAAAUGAAACACUCGCCCUCUUGCAUCUAUCAGCGUCACAGGUUUCCAAUCGUGAAUAGCGAAGAUUUGUAUUGCAAAAGACCCCAGGAAGAGCGGCGCUUGUCAUGCAAGCGAUGCUAUAUACGCCUAGACUCUGCAUCAGAAAGAUUCACACUCCUUUCAUGCAUGACAAAAAGUUUUCAUUUGGAAACUUCGCAUCACAAAUUUUUGCAAUUUCAGGGGUGGGGGGCACUUUUCACUGUAAUACUGCGACCUGCUGGAGAUCGCCGAGGAACAGCUGCAGUUCGCCGGGUUCAGCCAGCGGGGCCACAUAUGCAUUGCAAAUAUGUCUAGGUCCUCUGGAAGUAGAAUGCAGGAGUUCGUCAUGGAGAUUUUGCAUGACCCAGAGGGUCUGUGAUGCAUGCCCUAGCACCAGAGAUUCUGCGAGGGCUUUCUGAUGCUCAUACCGCAUGAGGAAUGCCCUCUCCGCAUAGCAAAAAUUGGACCUCUUUUGCUGUUCAUGCAAUACAGAUUCAUUGCACAAGCCAAAUCCAGCAUCACAAGCUGCAUCCUUCCACACCCAGACAUAUUUGCAGUUGAUACCACAACCAGGAGAUCGAUUCCGACCAGAUGACCAACGACGAGAUCCAGGCUUUGGUGAACCCCGAGUUGCCCAAGUUCGGCGGCGCCAAGGCCGGCGAGAUCAUCCGCAGCUUGUUCGAGAUUGAGUCGGCCUUUUUGAAGCAAGUGAAGAAGCUCGCGGACGUGGACUACAACAUUGUGGACGUGAAGGCGACGAAGUGGCACGACGACUUCACCGCGUUCAAGAACCAGAUGAAGGAUCUGGAGGUGAUGUACACCAACGUGAUCAACUCCGCCUUCGAGUCCGUGUCCACGGUGAGCAACUGCGUUUUCACCUUUGAUUCCUUCUACCUUCUGUGCAAACGCGAGCGGAUCAAGGCGUUUUUGGAGAAGAAGGCCGCGGAGGUGGGGGACUACUUGGUGCGGGAGAUCUCCAACGUGAAGCGCGAAUUCGAGCGGUUCCGAAAAAAUUCCGCCCCCAUUCUGCUCGCGCACCCCCCCUACAGCGGCGUGGCCAUGUGGGCGCGGGGGCUCAUGCUGCGGAUCCAGACCCAGUACGAGGAACUGAACUACUUGUGCUAUUUGCCAAGCACGAACCCGGUGAAAACGGAAACCGUGAAAACGGAGUACAGCAACAUGUACACGAUGCUGGAGUCCUUCUGCGUGUCCACGUUCCAGGAGUGGGUGGCGCAGCAGCUGGGCCAGAACAGCGAGGAGGAGCUGGAGGAGAAGCUGAAAACGCACCUGCUCUGCCGCGUGCCGCUGCCGCCGGGGCAGGGCGGGUUCGGGUCCCUGCUAGAGUCGAACUUCGACAAGAACCUGCUGAAGAUCUUCCAGGAAACCUACUACUGGGAGAAGAUCCAGGGGUCGGGCAUCGUGGUCCCCUUCCACGCGCACGACAUCACGACGAACCACCGCGAUCCGCUUCGCAUCACGCGCGAGCACGUGAUGCGGGUGGUGCGCGAGUACAACAGUAUUCUGCUAGCGCUCGCCCCGGAGGAGCGCCGGCUGUUCGCCUACCACAUCAAGAACCUCGACCGGAAGGUGGGGCCGGGCAUUCAGAAGUACACGUGGGUCUCGCACGGCGUCAAGGAAUUCUUCGUGCGCGACGCGCUGAAGGAGUGUCACAAGGCGAACGACUACGUGGGGCACUACAAGGAAAACAUCUCCAAAAUCCGGUACUGUGCCAAGACCAAGUUCGCGUCCGCGAUUUUGAUCCUCAUCGAGCGCAAACACAUCCACACCGACGCCGAGUUCCGCCUGAUUCAGGAGCAGCACCGGGAAAAGAUCCGGGUGCAGUUCCGGGAGGCGCACGCCCAGAUCUGCGACAUCAUGCUCGCCACCUACGUCUUCUUCGAAAACCAACCGCCAGAAAUUCAGCAGCAGUGGCGAAAUUUAUCGAAGCUGAAUUUGUUUUUUAUCUGCAGCUUGGGAGUUGUGCAUGAAGUUGUUCUUGUUUGUAAUGUCAUUUUUGAAGUGGCACGGCGCAAGCGUCAAAACUUGGUGCCUUUCUCUAUCGAAUGCGGUGUCUUGGUGCAAUGCCGAGUGCAAAAUGCACCUGUAGUUUCUUUGGUUGCCCGGUAAGAAGUAUGCAUGACAGCUUUGUGCUCUUCGUCUUCCCGCAAGAAAAUUUCGUUCCGAUAAAGCUUCGUGGACAAGAUUGACCGUUUGCUCGAGGACGCACUGAAGAAGACGACGAAAGCCUCGUUGCAGGAUUUGUCAAGGUACUCAAACUAAUACUUCAAUUUUACAUUUGUUGUUGUUUGUGUAGUCGCAUUAACACAAGAAGUACUAGACCCUUCACAAGCUGAACAAAUCUUCACGAAAAAAAUAAGAAUUAUGUUGAAAUCGUCCGUUCAGGACCCUGAACGGCGACUCGAAGCAGGAGCCGUCGCCGUUGUUCCGCGUGCACGCGGUGCUGGAUUCGUGGAAGAUGGAUUUUUCCCCGAGCAUGAACCAGCUGAAGGAGCUAUCCUGUGUAAAAACGUCCCCACCCCAGAGUUGUCAUGCAGAUUUGCAAUGACAGGAGCGCUUGUAAUGCGCUUCCCCAUGACAGGCAUUUCCAAUCGUGUUUUGGCAUUUGUAAUGCUGCAAACAGGAUGAGCAGAUGGAUUUGUGAUGCGGAUGUCCUUGCUAACAUGCACUACACUGCGGACUGCAACUUGUCCUGCGUGGCUCCCAAAACUUCUGGAUUUGUGUUGCUAAGUUUUCAACUUACUUGACUAUGGGGUGGGGAAGGUUUUACAUAUGAUAGGAGCUGCUGCAAACGGUGUGCCAAGACACCACCAUGAUGCUGCAGGAAGUGCCCCGGCUCUGGGACCACCUGAACGCGGAGAAGGCGAAGCGCGACACGAAGAAGAAGGCCGAGCUGGAGGAGGCGGGCGACCUGGCGGGCGCGAACGCGAUCGUGAUCAACUACGUGCCGCCGCCGCCCGGGACGAAGCGCGCCACGUUUUUCGAGGCGAUUUCGAAGGACGACGAGUGCUGCAUCCGGUACGUGAAGGAAGUGCUGAAGGGCUUCAACGCCUGCAGCGUGAAGCUCGGCGAGCGGCUGAAUUGGUGGAGCUCCAACUACCAGCCAAUCGUGUCCCAGGACAAAGACGCCUUCAUCCGCCGGUACGCGCGGACCGAGCGGCCCCUGUCCGUCGCGGGGGCGGACAUCCAGCGGUACAAGGAGAUCCAGAUGGACAUUUUGCAGGAGGACAGCAAGACCGUGAUCGGGUUUAUCGAAACCGAUUUCACGCAGCUGAAGGCCGCGCUCACGGAGCACUGCGUGGACUGGCAGAAGAAGUUGACCGGGCUGCUGAACGAAAACGCGCUCCGGGACAUGGACGCACUGUACAAGUACUUCGAUAUGAGAGUGAACAACUCCCCGUCCCUCUCAUUUGUCAUGCAAAAUCCCAAAUACAAGUGCUGCCUUGUGGCACUGUUCGCAUGACAGACUCCGGAAGGAGCCCAAGCAGUACUACACUGGGCGCAUGAAGAACUUGUGAUGCACAGGCUCCGCGUGUGCUGGUGUUUGUCUUGCUGUAGUUCAUGCCAUACAAACGAGGGGGAGGGAGAGUUGUGCACUCUCAUAGUCGAGGACACGUGUUUGAUCCUCCUCCACGUGCCGGAGAACCUGAACGAGCUGCGCGACGGCGUCGCGCUGCUGACCGCCUCGCAGGGCAUCCUGGAGCAGACGGAGGCGCGGAUCGCGCCCGUGGAGGCGAUGUACGCAAAACUGGCAGAAUUCGACGUCACCGUCACCGAGGAGGAGACGGCGCGGAAAAACAACCUCCGCGUGGCGUUCGAGGAAUUCAACGACAAGCUCGGGCAAUCGGAGACCAUCAUGGCAAAGGCGAAGAAGCAGAUGAAGGCGGCCUUCGAGGGCGAGUCCGCGUCGUUCAAGCAGUCGGUGAAAGAUUUGAAGAAGACCUUGCAGCAGCAGUGCCCCUACGCGGUCGAGACGAAGGACGGGCUGUUGUCCAACGAGGGGGCUUUCGCGAUUAUCCAGGACUUCAAGGACCAGGUCGCGGCGAAGCGGGCGACCGAGCUGGACCACGGCCCGAAAUUAGACCUGUUUGGGAUUGAAAAGGCGGAGUACCCGGAAUUGGAGGCGUGUGAGCGCGAUUUGGAGCUCCUCACCACGAUCUGGACGCUGAAGCAGAACUGGGACGUGGAUUUCUUCGAGAAGAACCAGUCCACGAAGUUCGCGGAAAUCGACGUGGAAAAUCUCGACGAGAUUGCGGGGCAAACGCAGAAGAAGGUGAUGCGGCUGAAGAAGGAUUUGCAGUUCUGGUCGGUGUGGCAGUUUUUGAAGGCGGGGAUCGACACCUUUCGGUCCAUGAUGCCGCUGAUCGAAAAUCUGCGGCACGAUUCCAUGCGACUGCGCCACUGGGAGGAGAUCAUGAAGGAAAUCGGGCAGUUCUUUGACCCUUUCGGGCCGGACUUCACCCUCUCCGUGGUGUUCGAACUGAACCUGCUCGCGCACCAGGACUUGGUGUCCCGGCUGGCGGAUGAGGCGCGGAAGGAGGCGAAAAUCGAGAUCGGCGUGAAGGACAUCGAGAACACGUGGCGGACGAUGGAGCUGGUGAUCGGCGAGCACAAGCAGGUCUACUACAAGUUGAAGCCGACCGAGGAGAUGAACACCGCACUGGAGGAGCACAUUCUCGCUUUGUCCGCCUUCAAGUCGUCGCCCUUCCACAUCCCCUUCGCCGAGGCCAUCGACUACUGGGAGCGCACGCUCGCCACGAUCUCCGAGGUGUGCGAGUCGAUCGGGAUCGUGCAGAAGUCGUGGAUGUAUCUGGAGAACAUUUUUGUGGGCAGUGAGGACAUCCGGCCGCAUUUACCGCAGGAGUCCAUCAUGUUCGAUCAGGUGAGUGACAAUUUCACGACCAUUCUCGGGAAUAUGUACAACGACCCCGUGGCGAACCGCUGUUGCCUGGUUCCCGGUUUGUACGAUAUUUUGGAAAAAGACGCGGCGACGCUGGAGAAAAUCCAGAAGUCGCUGGACGAUUAUUUGGAGAAGAAGCGACAGCUGUUCCCCCGGUUCUACUUUCUGUCCAACGACGAUUUGUUGGAAAUCCUCGGCCAGGCCAAGGACCCGGAGGCGGUGCAAAAGCACUUGAAGAAGUGCUUCGAGGGCAUCAAAUCGCUGGACCUGGUCGCCCCCUCCGCAAAGGAUCUGAAGUCCUCCGGCGGGACCAAGGCGUGGGAGGCCCAGGGCAUGAACUCGCCGGACGGGGAAAAGGUGAAAUUCAUCAAGUCGGUGCAACUCGAGCCGCCGGUGGAGGGGUGGCUGAUUGUCGUGGAGCGCCGGAUGAAGGAGUCCUUAAGGAAAAUCUUGAAUACCACCCAUCUCGCGAACAUCACCAAGAAUUCGAUGAAGAAGGAAAAGUGGGUGAAGGAGUUCCCCGGGCAGCUGCUGAUCACUUCCGGGCAGAUCGCGUGGUCCACGGACUGCGAGGCGGCGUUGGCGGCCGUGGAACGGGGGAAGAAAAACGCCAUGAAGCUCUUGAAGAAGGCACAGACCAAGUACAUCGGGAAAUUAACGGAGAUGAUCCGGAAACCCUUGUCCCGCGUGGAGCGCGGAAAGCUCGUCGCGCUCAUCACCAUCGAGGUGCACGCGCGCGACGUGCAGGCGAAGUUGGUGGAGACGAAAACUGACAACCCGCAGGCCUUCAUGUGGCUGCAGCAGUUGCGGUUCGAUUUGCGCGAUUUGCCGGACGAGGCGCCGGGCAACGCGCAGUGCUACGUCCUGCAGACGAACACGGUGAGUCCCUACGGCUACGAGUACCAGGGGAACAACGGGCGGUUGGUGGUCACGCCCAUGACGGAUCGUUGCUACAUGACCCUGACCACCGCCAUGCACUUGAAGCGCGGGGGCGCGCCCCAGGGGCCGGCCGGGACGGGUAAGACCGAGUCGACCAAGGAUUUGGGCAAGGGCAUGGCGAAGUACGUGAUCGUCUUCAACUGCUCCGACGGGCUGGAUUACAAGUCCCUCGGCCGCAUGUUUUCCGGUCUCGCGCAGUCGGGGGCGUGGGGGUGCUUCGAUGAGUUCAACCGAAUCGACGUGGAGGUGCUCUCCGUGGUCGCCGUGCAGAUUUUGACGCUGCAGGCCGCGUUGAAGGCGGAGGUGUCCACCUUCCUCUUCGAGGAGCGGUGGAUCAAACUCGACCGCGGGUGCGCGGUGUUCAUCACCAUGAACCCGGGGUACGCGGGGCGGUCGGAAUUGCCGGACAACUUGAAAUCCCUGUUCCGCCCGGUGGCGAUGAUGCUCCCCGACUUCGCGAUGAUCAUCGAGAUCAUGCUGGUCGCGGAGGGGUACAAGGACUUCAAACCUUUGGCGAAAAAGAAGGUCUCGCUCUACGACAUGAUGAAGCAGCAGAUGUCGAAGCAGGACCACUACGAUUUCGGGUUGCGUAACAUCAAGUCCGUGCUGAACUGCGCCGGGGCGCUGAAGCGCACGGAGCCGGACGCGCCCGAGGGGCAGCUGUUGAUGCGGGCGAUCAACGACAUGAACGCGCCGAAGUGGGUGGCGCAGGAUCUGCCGCUCUACUGGGCACUGAUGUCCGACAUUUUCCCGGGCAUGGAGCUCCCCGAGCCGGACUACGGCGCGCUCGAGGAGUACAUCCGAAAAGUCCUCACCGCCAACGGCUACCAGGAGACGGACCACAGCAUCAAAAAGACCAUUUCCACCUACGAGACCAAGGUCACUCGGCACGGGAACAUGUUGGUGGGCAACACUUUAGGCGGGAAGACGGUCGCGUGGAAAACGUUGCAGGAAGCGAAGUGCAACCUGAAGGCAGACAAGCACGAAGGGUUCGAGCGCGUGCAGUCGUACAUUCUGAACCCGAAGUCCGUGACGAUGGACGAGUUGUACGGGGCCUACGACUUGUCGACCAUGGAGUGGAUGGACGGCGUUUUGUCCUCGCUGAUGCGCAUCAUGUGCCAGGACGAAAAGCCGGACGAGAAGUGGCUUUUGCUCGACGGCCCGGUCGACACGCUGUGGAUCGAGUCCAUGAACACGGUGUUGGAUGACAACAAGGUCUUAACUUUGAUCAACGGAGACCGUAUCUCCAUGCCGCCGACCGUGCGGCUCCUGUUUGAAGUGCAGGACUUGAAGGUCGCUUCCCCCGCGACGGUGUCCCGCGCGGGGAUGGUGUACUUCGACACGAGCGACAUGGGCUUCGACGCGCCCUACCAGUCCUGGAUCGCGCGGACCUACGUGGAAAAUGUGGAAAAGCGGGACUACAUGGCGGAGCUCGCAACGAAGUGGUUCCCCACGUUGCUGAACGCAAGGCGGAGCCCCGCGUUCGGACAGACCGUUCCGAUCACGGACAACAUGGCGGUGAAGAACUUCGCAAACAUCUUCACCUGCUUUGCGAGGAAAUUGGACAACUUGUUGAACUCGCUCCCCGAAGACAAAGGGGGUGCCCCCGGCGGAGUGGCGAAGGACGGUACGGAGCCGCCGAUGACCGGGAAACAGAAGGAGAUUUUCGAACGCAUGUUCGCGUUUUGCUGCGUGUGGUCUCUGGGGGCUUCCGCCACGGACCAGUCCAGGAAAAUGUUCGACGAGGCAAUGCGAACCGUUGAGUCCAGAAUUAUGCCGAGUAACCAAUCGGUGUACGAAUACUUCCUCAACUUCGACAAGCACGGGGAUCUCGACCUGUGGGAGUCGAAGCUGCCCCAGCCGUUCUACCGGCCGAAGGAGGGGGAGCCGUUUCACCGAAUCAUCGUGCCGACCGUGGACACGGUGCGGAACGGGGUGAUCUGCCGCGAACUGACGCUGAACAACUUCCAUUACAUUACCACCGGAAUGACGGGGACCGGGAAAACGGUGGCUCUGCAGGCGGUGAUCGCGAACGACCUGGACGAGGUGGAGUGGACGAGCCUGACCAUCAACAUGUCGGCGCAGACCACGGCCGCCGCGGUGCAGGAGAUCAUCGAGGGGAAGGUUGAGAAGAGAAUCAAGAACAAGUUUGGCCCCCCCGGAAACCGCAAGAUGCUGCUGUUCGUGGACGACUUGAACAUGCCGCGGAAGGACACGUUCGGCUCCCAACCGCCGCUGGAGCUCCUCCGGCAGUGGAUGGGGUACGGGCUGUGGUACGACCGCGCCAAGCAAACGCAGCGGAUCAUUCUGGACACGCAGCUCGGCGCGGCGAUGGGCCCGCCGGGCGGCGGGCGCGCGGUGAUCUCGGAACGGUUCCAGUCCUGCUGUCACUUGCUGAACUUCGCGAACCCGGCGGAGGCGCAGGUGUAUCAAAAUGAAAAAUGCCCACUCCCCAUAUCAAAAUGGAAGUCUGUGAUGCGCGAUUUGUGUACACAAAUCGGCUUUGUCUUGCAGUAGAGGACUGCAGGCAGAUACAAAGCCUGAGCAGUGGCAUUGUGGUGUAGGCGCCUCGCAAGGCAGGCGUCUCCUCUGUAGGCCCAACAGCAUUACAAAGUGCCAGCAAAACGCAGCGGAGUCUCUGGAUUUGCGUUCUUGCAAUACAGAGACGAUCUGUGGCCGCAAAUCAGCAGCGCAAAUUUUCAGAAGUGUUCCUUUUCAGGUAUGGGGAGGGGAGAUUUUUCCUCACAAUAAGGUGAAGCGAAUCUACAUGACGCUGGCGCAGCACAAGCUGCACGCAUUCAAGGACGACGUGAAGAACCUGGCGGAGGCGCUGGUCGGCGCGUCGAUCGACUUGUAUGGCAUUAUGGUGGACAAAAUGCUGCCCACGCCCGCGAAGUGCCACUACUUGUUCAACCUCCGCGACGUGUCAAAGAUUUUCCAGGGCAUCUACAUGGCGGAGCCGCACCUCGUGCAGGACAAGGACACCAUCGUGAAAAUGUGGUUCCACGAGGCGCAGCGAGCGUUCGGGGACCGGUUGAUCAACCUGCAGGAUCGCGAGCAGUUCGACCAAUUAGCCGACACCGUGAUGGAGGCGAAAUUGUCCGCCCGGGUGAGCGACCUGGAGCUCGCGCCCGACGGGAAAAAGCGGCAGAAACUCGUUUUCGCGCACUUGGAUCUGCAGAACACCGACUCGGAGGCGCCGGACUACAACCAGAUCACAGACCGAAACGCGCUGAAGGCGUUUUCCAACAUCAAGCUGGACGACUACAACGAGGUCAUGAAAAAGAAGCCCUUAAAUCUCGUCAUGUUCCAAGACGCGAUCGAGCACAUGUGCAAAAUUCUCCGGGUUUUGAAACUCCCCCGCGGGAACGCAUUAUUAGUCGGUGUCGGCGGGUCCGGGCGGCACUGCCAGACAAGGCUGGCGUGCUUCGUCGCGGAUUACGAGUGCUUUAACAUCGAAAUCGACAAGUCCUACCGGCAUGCGUCCUUUCGGGAGGACAUCAAAAAGGUGUACGACAAGGCGGGCGUCAAGCAGGCGCCGACUUGCUUUUUGUACAGUGACACCGAGAUUAUUACGGAGUCUUUCUUGGAGGACGUGUCAAACGUUCUGUCGUCCGGUGAGGUGCCGAACCUGUACGCGGCGGACGAGCUGAGCGGCGUACUAAACUCCUGCGAAAAAGCGGCAAAGGAGGCUUUGGGGUAGUAAUGUGGUUGUGGCAAAAAUCGUAUGGGUCGUGAAUGUGAGCCGAUGUUAUCUUACGCAUACGCAGGUAGCUGCUCUGAGCAUGACGUUGUUGAAGCUUGAUUUAGAUGUUGAUCUUGGGCAUAAUUCAAAGAAACAUACACAACUUCUAAAAACAGCAUGCGCAACGUCUCGCCGGAGCAGCUUUAUGGGUUCUUCGUUUCGUGUGUCCGCGAGAACCUGCACGUGGUCUUCUGCAUGUCCCCAAUCGGGUCCAGUUUCCGGAACUACUGCCGAAUGUACCCGUCUCUGGUCUCCUGCACGACCAUCAACUGGUUCCUGACGUGGCCGCCAGACGCGUUGACCGAGGUCGCCUUGAAGUUCUUGCAGGAGGGCGAGGACCCGAUCAAGCCGGAGGUCGCAAACCCCCUCGCGGUCGUGUUCGGGCUGUCGCACACCGCGGUGAUUCAGGCGAGUGACAAGAUGUUGCUGGAGCUGAAGCGAAACAAUUACGUGACGCCAACCAACUACCUGGCGCUGGUCCAGGGCUACUGCAAAACGCUGAAAGAGAAGCAGGCCGCGGUCGGGGGGAACGCGGACAAGUUAAGGAACGGGUUGCACAAGUUGUCCGAGGCACGGGUGCAGGUCGAGGAGCUAGCCGUGGAGCUGGAGGUGAAGUCGGACAUCGUGGCGAAAAAGCAAAAGGAGUGCCAGGAUCUGCUCAUCGUCAUCACGGAGAAGCGAAUGGCGGCCGAUGAGCAGCAGAAACAGGUUCAUUACAUACAGAUAAUUUUUUUCACUAUUUGUAUUUGAUCAUGUGGCCUUCUAUAUAACAGAACAUUAGCAAAGGGAAAGGCUUGUGCUGCUGAAAUAAAUGCCUGUUUCGACACAUCUUGGUCACAAACACAAACCCUGAUGUUUCCAUAAUAGACAAAUACCUACGUACUGGAUAAAUGAAACUCGGUCAGGUCGAAUCGGAUUCUGCCCGUAUCGAGAAGGAGGCCGCAGAAACCAAGGUGCUGGCCGAUGACGCCCAACGGGAUUUGGCGAAGGCGAUGCCGGCCAUGGAGGCGGCGCUCGACGCCCUGGCCAAGUUGGACAAGAAGUCCAUUUCCGAAGUGAAGGCCUACGCCAAGCUAUCAAAAGGAAAAAUCCCCCCUGCCCAUAUCGAAAUGGAACUUUGUGAUGCUGUAUUUGAGUACACAAAUCAAUUUGCAUUGCUAGAAGGCCAAGAGACGCAGCUGCGGCCUCAAUUGCAAGCAAUUUGCGAUCCUGUUUCCCAAUUCCAGUUGCCUCCUGUCAUGCUGGAGAUGCAAAGCUUUCCCACGCUAGCCAGCACUACAGUCCGCAUCUUUUGCCUUCUAGCAUCGCAAAGCUGACUUGUGACCACAAGUCUGCGUCACAGAUUUCCGCUUUGAUAUGGGGACGAGGGGGCAUUUUUCAUUGUGAUACAAGCCGCCGGAGAUGGUGAUGAAAACCAUGAACGCGGUGAUGACCAUCAUGGAUAAGCCGGCCAACUGGAACCAGGCGAAGACGGAACUGAACGACACGAGGUUUUUGGAGAAACUAAAGGAAUUCGACAAGGACCACAUCCCGAACACAGUGCUGAAAAAGCUCGACAAGUUCAUCAAGGACCCAACGUUCACCCCCCCACAGGUUUCCAAAGUCUCCCUCGCAGCCGGCGCGUUGUGUCAGUGGGUGCACGCCAUGAACAUCUACGCCGCGGUCGCCCGCGAGGUCGAACCCAAGCGGCUGAAGCUGAAGCUGGCGCAGACGGCGCUGGAGAAGAAGCUGGAGUUUUUGGAAAACGCGCGGGAACAACUGGCCGAGGUGCAGCGGAACGUGCAGGAACUGAAGGACUUGUACGAGAAUUCCACCCGGGAAAAAGAGGAAAUCACGCAGACGGCGGAGGAUUUGAAGAUCAAGGCGGAACGCGCCGACAAGCUCGUGAACGGGCUCGCGGGGGAGAAAAUCCGGUGGGAGGAAUCUUUGAAGAAGCUCGAUGUCGACAUCGGCAACCUGUUCGGCGACGUCGCCAUCGCCGCCGCGUUUCUGUCCUACGCCGGACCGUUCGGCGCGAAGUACCGACAGGUUUUGGUGGAGGAGAAGUGGGUCGCGCCGGUGUUGGAGUACGAAAUUCCAGUGACCGACGGCUUCAACUUCGUCGAUUUCCUCGCGGACCCGGCGGCGGUCCGCACGUGGAACGUGCAGGGCCUGCCCACCGACGCGUUUUCGACCGAAAACGGAAUCUUGGUGACGCGAGGCUCGCGGUGGGCGCUGAUGAUCGACCCGCAGAACCAGGGCAACAAGUGGAUCCGAAAGAUGGAGGGGCCACAAGGGCUACACGUGUUCGACCCCAACACCACCGGGUUCAUGCGCACGCUUGAGCGGGCGAUCGAGUUCGGCACGCCGUGCAUGAUGGAGAACGUGAAGGAGGAGCUGGACCCGUCGCUCGAGCCGGUGUUGGCCAAGAACAUUAUUUCGUCCGGCGGGUCGCUGUCGAUCAAGAUCGGCGAGAACACGCUGGAUUACAACAUCAACUUCAAGUUUUACCUGACGACUAAAUUGUCCAACCCGCACUACACGCCCGAGGUGUCCACGAAAACCACGAUCGUGAACUUCAUCGUGGUGGAGGAGGGCCUGACGGACCAGAUGUUGGGGAUAGUCGUGUUGAAGGAGGAGGCGCGCUUGGAACGGGAGAGGAACGAACUCGUCGUGAAAGUGGCAAACGGGAAAAACCGGCUGGUCGAGUUGGAGAACGAAAUUCUGAGGCUUUUGUCCGAGGCGAAGGGGUCGCUGUUGGACGAUCUCAACUUGAUCAACACGCUGCAAGAGUCGAAGACGAUCUCGGAGGCGGUCACGGAACAGGUGCGCGUCGCGGUCACGACGAUGGUAAAAAUCGACGCGGCGCGCGAAAACUACCGACCGUGCGGGUUGCGAGCCGCGAUUUUGUACUUCGUGUUGAACGAUUUGGUCACCGUGGAUCCGAUGUACCAAUUUUCGCUAGAGGCCUACGAGAAGCUGUUUAUCAUGUCCAUCGAAAAGUCCGCGGACAAGGGCGGCGGCGCGAGCAAUGUGGAGGACCGAGUGGAAAUCCUGAAUGCCUACCACAGUCUGGCUUUGUACAAGUACGCGUGCCGGGGGCUGUUUGAGCGACACAAGUUGAUGCUCUCGAUCCACAUCGCGAACAAAAUUCUCCGCUCGAUGGACGACUGGAAUGACGAGGAGUACACGUUUUUCCUGCGUGGCGGUCAGGUGCUCGACCGGUCCAUCCAGGCCUCGAACCCGGCGCCGGAGUGGAUCACCCAGCAGAUGUGGGACAACAUCACGGAGCUAGACGCGAACGUGGAGGCCUUUCGCGGGUUUCAGCGAUCGCUGGAGCAGACCCUGCGGGACUGGAAGAAGUGGUUUGCGUUGGGGGAGCCGGAGAAAGAGCCUCUGCCCGGGGAGUGGGACGCGAAGUUAGGGCCGCUGCAGAAAAUGGUGGUGGUCAGGUAUUAAGUGGUUUUCAGUUUGUCGUGUUAGUGUUAUUUGGAUUCUUUUUCUGUCGUGCCAUUAAGUACUCUUCCAGGCCACCGCCCAUUCUUUUGUCAGCAACCGCGAAAAUCGAGGUCAGAACAAAAAGAAAAACGACCAAACGACCCCAAUUCCUCCUCAGGUGUCUCCGUCUCGACCGCGCUCUCCCGGCGAUCUCAGUGUUCGUGUCUUCCAAGCUGGAUGCGAAGUUCGUCGAGCCCCCGCCCUUCGACCUGGGCGCGGUCUUCGACGAGUCACAAGCGGACGUGCCCCUGCUGUUCAUCCUGACCCCGGGCGUGGAUCCCACCCCGAUGCUCGCCGCCCUCGCUGCGCAGCGGAAUCUGCAGUGGUCCACGAUUUCGCUCGGACAGGGCCAGGCACCGAAAGCGACGAAACUGACAGUAGACGCGGCGAAGAACGGCAGCUGGGCGCUGUUGGCGAACUGCCACUUGUCCGCCUCCUGGCUGCCAGAACUGGAGAAGUUGUUCGAGAAGAUCGCGAACGAGAAACCGCACCCGGACUUCCGACUCUGGCUCUCCUCCAGUCCGACUCGAGUCUUCCCCAUCGCGUUACUGCAGAAGUGCAUCAAGAUGGUCACGGAGCCGCCAAAGGGACUGAAGGCGAACUGCAACCGGUUGGUGGCAAACAUGGACCCGGCGUUGUACAACAGGGUGAAAGAAACGUUCAAAUACAGGAGAUUGUUCUUCUCGCUCGUCUGGUUCCACGCAAUCUUACUCGAGAGAAAAAAGUUCCGCUCGCUCGGAUGGAACAACCCCUACGACUUCAACGAUAGCGAUUUCGACAUCUGCGAGAAUAUUCUCGGCAUGUAUCUUGACGAGUACCCACACGAAGUCCAGUGGGAGGCGAUCAAAUACCUUAUCGCGGAGGCCAACUACGGCGGUCGGGUGACGCAGGCGCCAGAUAACCGGGUGCUCCGCGCGUACGUGAACGACUUUUUCUGUCCGGCGGCGAUUCAGAACAACAAGUUCUACUUCUCGCCGUUGCCAACGUAUUACAUCCCGGAGGACAACACUUUGCAAGCCUACGCGACCUUGAUAAAGGAAUGGCCCCUGGCGGAACAGCCGGAAGCCUUCGGACAGCACGUCAACGCGGAGAUCAGUUCGGCGCUGGCCGAGUCACAGGACACGCUGCUGAUCCUGACCGGGAUGCAGGGCGGCGGCGGAGGCGGCGGGAAGGGGAAGUCGAUGGACGAGCUAGUGUUUGACCAGACGAGAAUGCUGCUCGAUACCCUACCGGACAACAUUGACUGGGACGAGGUGGCGAAGUUCAACGAGCGGGACAACUCGCCGUAUAAGGUGGUGCUUCUACAGGAGAUAGAACGCUACAACUUGCUUCUCGUCAAGGUGCGGGCGAACUUGAAGGAGCUGCAGAAGGGGAUCCAGGGGCUAGUGGUCAUUUCGGAGGAACAGGAACUGGUGUUCAACGCCUUAUUCGAGGGUAGAAUACCGGACAGCUGGAUGUUUGCCUACCCCAGUAUGAAGCCGCUCUCCAGCUGGAUGCCGGAUCUGGUUCUCAGGAUCCAGUGCUUCGUCAAGUGGGGCUUGGAAGAGAUGCCAAUCGUCUUUUGGCUCGCCAGCUUCACCUACCCAACCGGUAUUGUUAGGAUUCAUGUGUGCUUGAUUUACCAUACUUCUUUUGCUUUUGUGGGACAGUCGUGCAUAAAGACGCAGUUACUGUUUGACUUCAUUAUUUUUUGGGGCUGAGGCUGAGCAGACGCAUCUUGAAAAUAAACUCCAGGUUUUCUGACCGCGUGUCUCCAGUUUUCCGCGCGGAAGAACACCAUUGCGGUUGAUCAACUUGCGUUUGACUUUUUGGUCCAACCGACACCCGACGAAGCGCAAAUCACGGCUGCGCCCAAGGAGGGCGCGUACGUGCGGGGGUUGAUCAUCGAGGGUGGCCGCUGGGACUAUGAAACGAUGGCGCUUGCCGACGCAGAGCCGAUGAUGCUCUACUCUUUAAUGCCAAUUAUCAUGUUCAAGCCCAUCGUGAAGAAGAAGGCGGCCGGGAACGACAUGUACCAGUGCCCGCUCUACGCGUACCCGAACCGCGUCGGGUCCCCCACGCGUGCGUCCUUCCAGAUCUACGUCGAGUUGAAAUCUGGCGCGUAUGACCCAGGCUUCUGGAUCAAGCGCGGGACGGCCAUGUUGCUAGCGACGGCAUAAUGGAAGAUCCGUGCCCGUGGUGUGGUAGGCGUAGGUAGUGUUCUUGUCCUCGGAAUAAACUCAUUUUAAACCGAUUUCUGAAUAGUCGUUUACUUGAUGCUGAAAAUACAGAUGAAGAUUUGAUGCAAAAACAUUCGAAAUAUUACUUGCUUAACAUCCAUUAACAACAGGGCACCAGUAGUGAAGGCCCAAAGAUUACAAUAAGGUUGCUUGCUUUGAACUUUAUGCAGAAUUUCUCGUCUCGAUUUGAGAACUAGAUAGACGCAUUUCUUUCGCAAUGAUUUACUCUGAGACACAAUCUAGAACCCUCUUAUCUUUUAUCUUCGAAACGAAAGGUUGGUAGCUGCGGCACUGUUGUUCCAGCGCCAAUGUGGUAGAUGAUUUGCUAUUGCUAGAACACCGAAAAUGCACGCCGAAAUUAAAUCAAAAAUUAUCUUCGGAAGAUUUGGUUUGAUUCGUUACGAACAGAAAUGAUACGAAUGAAUUUUUGUUGCUUGUUUCUGACCUUGACUAAUAUGAAUAGUUCGCACAUCAUGAUCUCAGGCGCAUUUUGCGGCUAUGUGCGAAGAUAUUCAGACUUUGAGCUUCAUUCUGUGAUUUCCAUAGCUUAGUUUGUGAAAAAUAUUAAAGGCCGACAGCAAUCGAUGUUGUCC